GUAGUUUAGUCAGUAGUAUUGUAAAGCAUGACUUGUACAUCAUUUUCAUUUGUUGUACGAUCAGCAUGUACAACUAUAAAUGAUGACCCACUCCUGUUUUUUUAAAAAAAAAUCUCUUUCUUGAACCGUAUUUUUGCAUCACCAUGCCACCUAAAAAGGCACCAAUUUACUGUCUAGUCAACGGGGAUCCAGAAAAUUCAGUAUUUGGGAUUAAAUAUGAUAAGAAUACGACCGUUGACGAACUCAAAGAAAUUAUAUAUACUAAGAAGAAGAAUGCCUUCGCCGAUAUUGAUUAUCCUGACCUCACUUUAUAUAAAGUAAAUAUCAAUCUUAAUACGGAUAACCCCAACGAACCGCUCUCACCACUCCAAAUUCCACCAUUGUGGGUGAUUUUGGUGGUCAGGUGUUGAGACCUAUGGAUAAUAUUGAAGAGAAAUUCCCUACACCCGCUAAUGGACAUAUUCACAUUAUCGUCGAUGUACCUGCUGUUCCUGCUACUAUUGGUAAAUAGAAGAAAUAAUCUUAUGGACAAUUAUCUUUUUGAGCGCCAAGUUGAAGAAUAAAUCGAAUAGUAAUCAUAAUUAACAUUCUUUUGUCUUUUUAACCAUUUACUUUUCAGCUAGGAGAAACGAUGAUGUAAUUAUUGCUAGACUUGAUAAGCUUGAUAAGAAUAUUGAAGAUAUAAAGAGAGAAAAAUCUUCAGUACACAUAUCAGGCGUAACCGAAAGAUAUUAGACGAAAAUUCUAGAAUUUAC